AUGGGAUUUAUAACCAGGCUCACAACUAAUGUCUACGCAAUUGGUGGUUUUGCUGCCAUUGCUGGUAUCUUGUUCGGUUUCGAUAUUGGUUCCAAUUCGGGAAUUAUCGGUACAACUCAAUACCUCGAAUACUUCCACAGCCCAAGCGAUCUUUUGCAGGGUGGUAUCAACGCCUCUCUUAGUGCUGGUUGCUUUGUUGGCGCUUUGGUUUCUGGUUACCCCGCUGAUCGUUUCUCCCGUAAAUACACCUUGAUGGGUGCCUCUCUUCUCUUCGUUCUCGGUGCCGUCAUUCAGGCUGCAUCAAACGGUGUCCCCAUGUUAUGUGCUGGUCGUGUUCUUGCUGGUCUGUCUGUCGGUGUUACUUCCAUGGUUGUUCCUCUUUACCAAUCUGAGAUUGCUCCCAAGGAGAUUCGUGGUCGUAUUGUAUCUGUUCAGCAAUGGAGUAUUACUUGGGGUAUUAUGAUUUCCUUCUGGAUUCAGUAUGGUUGUCAGUUUAUCCAUAAUACUGCUGCUUUCCGUAUUCCAUGGGGUGUACAGGGUAUCCCUGCAGUUAUCUUGUUCUGCGGCAUGUGGUUCUUCCCCUUCUCCCCUAGAUGGUUGGCUGAUAAUAACCGUAUGGACGAAGCUAUUAAGGUUCUUGCUGAUAUCCAUGGUGAUGGUGACAUUAACCACCCCCGUGUUCAACAAGAAAUCAAAGAAAUUCAGGCCGUUAUCAACUUUGACCGCAACAUUGCCUCCCACCGUUACAGUGAUCUUCUCAAGCCUGGAAUUAGAUACCGUGUCUUCCUUGGUGUCUGUCUUCAAAUCUGGCAGCAGCUGACCGGUAUGAAUAUUAUCAUGUUCUACGUUGUCUACCUUUUCCAGCAGGCUGGUAUCGGAAGCUCUCAGCAGGCCACUCUUGUCUCGUCCGGUAUCUCUUACGUUGUUAACGUUGUCAUGACUGUUCCUGCCAUUCUUUUCGUUGACAAGUGGGGUCGUCGCCCUACCAUGAUUUUCGGUGCUCUUUCCAUGUCUCUCUUCCUCUGGAUUGUCGGCGGUAUCUUGAGCACUGGUACCUGGACUCUUGAUGCCAAGGACAAGUGGACUGUCGAUAUCGGAAGCAAGCCCAAGGCCGAUGCCGUUGUCGCCUGUAUCUACCUCUUUGUCGCUUCCUUUGCCACAUCUUGGGGCCCUCUCGGAUGGAUUUACCCAGCUGAAAUCUUCCCUAUUCGCGUUCGUGCCAAUGCCGUUUCUAUGUCUACUGCCUCCAACUGGCUUUUCAACUGGCUCCUCAGUUUCGUUGUUCCUAUGUUGAUGCAGCGUCUCCGUUUCGGUCUUUACAUGCUCUUUGCCGGUUUCAACUUCUUGAUGGCUCUCCACGUCUUCCUUGCUUACCCCGAAACCAAGGGCUUCACUCUUGAAGAAAUGGAUAUCGUGUUUGAGCACAACCCUCGCAAGAAGAUCUCGCGCUCUAUCAUUGAAAAGGAGUCCGCAGACCGUUUCCGUACCCUAUCUGAGGGAUCGAUCAAUGAAAAAGAAAAGAUUGCUGUCAGCAGUGAUGUCUAA